UUAUUGAUGUCUCAGCUGUGCGAUGCCAUACCCCUCCGCCUCCUACAGGAGGCGUCGCAGAUCAAGCAAGCAGCCAAUUUUCUCUCCCUCUUGUCUCACACUGUGCUCCACUUCAUCUCCUGCAGGAUCACAUACUUAUCCUUGAGGACUUCAGGGCUGCACGUGCAAAUCAUGAAGUCCCUCUUUUUCCUCUUCAUUAUUUGCAGUGCAGACGCGCUGCUCAAACAACGGAGAGGUCUGGGGCUGGUCUGCACCUUCAAAGACAAGACGUAUAAACCUGGAGACAGUUGGCAUCCUUAUCUGGAGCCUUUCGGGUUCAUGUUCUGCAUGCGCUGCGUCUGCACAGAGUCGGGCCAUGUGAAAUGCAACACGAUCAAGUGUCCGGCUCUGUCCUGCGAGAACCCAGUGGUGGACCCACAGCAGUGCUGUCCACGGUGCUCGGAUGAGCCCCGCAGUCCUGCUGGCCUGAGGGCUUCAGUCAGGUCCUGCAGGUACAAUGGUAGUGUUUAUCAACCCGGGGAGAGCUUCGCCAAACAUGACCUCUUCCCAUCCAAGCAGAGCAACCAGUGUGCCAUGUGCACUUGUGCUAAUGGAAAUAUCUUCUGCGGCCUGAAGACCUGUCUGCCAGUCACAUGCGCCGCUCCAGUCACAGUCCCGGACUCUUGCUGUUUGAUGUGUAAAGAUCAGAGCGGCGUUUUCUUGUCCACUGAAGAUGGAAGCCUGCAGCUGAACCGAGGCGUUAGACACUCGGUGGACCAGUGCUCAGGAGAGCAGGGCCGGACCAAGCCGGGGCCCCACAGGGUCAGGACCCCCAGCCGCGGCCUAAGCCUCAGCAAACUUAACCUCAAAGGUGCCUCGGAGACCACGGUGAAAAUUCUCUUGCAGAGGAAACACCAGCGAGCUUGUUUGUACAAUGGCAAGACCUACUCGCAUGGAGACAUGUGGCAUCCAGUUUUGGGCAAGGUCCUGGAAUGCAUCCUGUGCUCUUGCAGCGACGGCCUGCAGGACUGUAAACGCAUCACGUGUCCGAGCAAGUACCCGUGCAGGCGGCCUGUGAAACUAGCAGGGAAGUGCUGCCUGACAUGUCCAGAAAACAAAACUGAAGGGAACCAGACCCAGUGCUACACCGGCUACAAAAAUAACCUUCUGGUGUACAAAGUGGAGCCGGCGCUGAAAGUGGACUCGCCCAACACGGUUCGGAUCAUCGUGGUGGAAAAGCAGAGCACGGCUGAGGUGGAGGUUCAGGUCUGGAAGACGGUGGAAGGGGUUUUACAGCUGAUGGAAAUCGGGGAAGUCCAAAGAAAAGACAUCACGGAUCAUCCGGAAAACUUCACAUUACUCACCACUUUGGAUGAAGACAAGUGGAGAAAAUUCAAGGAGGAAGGACAAGACCUGAACAGAGCUCAUCCAUCUCUGUGUGAGGACGGCAUCCGGGAGAUGGUGACCUUCCUCAACCCCAAACAGACUGAAGGCCGCUGCUCGCCGUGAUCACCAGCCGUGGUCCCCACAGCCCCACGUUUUGCACUCCUGCACCUACUCCUGUAGCAUUUCAACUUCUUGUAGUCGUAACAACAAACAUCUGAGUUUCCACUGAAAUACAUCUUAGAUUACAGCCACAUCUUUUGCACAAUGUUCAGAAUGUACUUGUUUUUUACAUCGUCGUAGUAUAUUUAUUGUAAAUAUGAUUUUUUUUAAUUGAUGUGUAUUAUGUGUCUCUUGUACAUUUUGAUGGAUUUAAAUGGAAUUAUGCAAAAAGUCUCUCCACUCCUGUGUUUAUUUUAUGAAAAAUAAUUAUUGGAGUGCAAAAGAAUUCAGCCCUUGGAAGCCGAACUUUUUGAAUAAAUAUUUACAGUGAAAAAGUCGGUCUGGGUCGCGAGAAUGGGUCAUGAUGAACAUCACUUCAUGAACCACAUUCACUACGUGUUAAAAUGGUGACAGUCUGCCUGCUGAGUGAGUCACGCUGCUCUGCUUCCAUCAGAACCUCCUGAAGGGCGGAGGAGAUUCUUCCUGCUGCCAAGGAUGAAACAUUAUCUCGGACAGGAGUUGAAACUCAUUCAGCUG